CACCCGCCCUGCGGGUCGCUAAUUGGCCCUAGCAGUCUUCGGGGCGGGGCUAAUAUGUGAUGGACGUUUUCUCUCCCCCUCUCCAUUUUGGGAAAAGCGUCUCUCCGCACACUCAAGGUUCCGCCAUUUGGGGCGUGGUCGGGCAGCUGCCAUCUUGAGUGUGGCUGAGGAAAUGUGCGCGCCAACUGUUUCUGCCAGAAAAUCUGGUUCUUGAAGGCUGGAGUCUGCCAGCAACUGGUCAUGUGCCCCUGCAGGUCUCCAGGUCUGUUAUCUCAUCUGUGUAAUGGGUAUAAGUAGAAGGACCGAGUCCGACGCACCGACAUACUCUGAUUUCGUGAGCAGUGUGCCUUCACCCUCAAACUCCACUUGAACCCUCGUCCCUAUUCCUCUAGGCCAGACCAGGAGUCCAAAGGAAAUUCAUUUUUCGACUUUUUCCAAAAUGAGGCUACACAAAUGUGGCGAAUAACACUGCUAUGAAGCGUUACAAAUACUUCUUCAAGACCCUGCUUUCAGUUCUUUGGGGGUACGUACACAGGAGUAGAAAUGCUGGCUCCUCUGAAAACCCUUCCCAGAGCCUCUCCCCAGUCAUGGACAGCCCCAGUCUUCGAGAGCUCCAACAGCCUCUGCUGGCAGGUGUGGGCUGUGGGCCCCCCAUCCAGAAGCCUGGUGAGCCCCAGCUGGGGCCUCCCUUUGGAGAGACAGCCUUUGCAGAGUCCCUGAAGGGUUGGCAGCUCCUCCCACCACCUCUUCCCACUGUGAGCGCUGGCCUUGGGGAGCCAGGGCCCCCUGACCUUGAGGAUGCAUCAUCCAGUGACAGCGACUCGGACUGGGAUGGGGGCAGCCUUCUCUCCCCGCUCCUACCCCACGAUCACCUUGGCUUGGCCGUCUUCUCCAUGCUCUGCUGUUUCUGGCCUGUGGGCAUCGCUGCCUUCUGCCUGGCCCAGAAGCACCCCCGGAGGCAGGAGCAGCAGCACUUUCCAUCCCUGGAUGACAAGCCCCAGUUCCCCGGGGCCUCGGCGGAGUUUGUAGACAAGCUAGAAUUCAUCCAGCCCAAUGUCAUCUCUGGGAUCCCCGUCUAUCGCGUCAUGGACCGGCAGGGCCAGAUCAUCAACCCCAGCGAGGAUCCCCACCUGCCCCAGGAGACGGUGCUCAAGUUCUACAAGAGCAUGACUCUGCUCAACACCAUGGACCGCAUCCUCUACGAGUCCCAGCGGCAGGGCCGGAUCUCCUUCUACAUGACCAACUAUGGCGAGGAGGGGACACAUGUGGGGAGUGCGGCAGCGCUGGACAGCACGGACCUGGUGUUUGGCCAGUACCGGGAGGCAGGUGUGCUAAUGUACCGGGACUACCCCCUGGAGCUGUUCAUGGCCCAGUGCUAUGGCAACGCGAGCGACCUGGGCAAGGGGCGCCAGAUGCCUGUGCACUAUGGCUGCAAGGAGCGCCACUUCGUCACCAUCUCCUCUCCGCUGGCCACGCAGAUCCCGCAGGCGGUGGGGGCGGCCUAUGCGGCCAAGCGUGCCAACGCCAACAGAGUGGUCAUCUGUUACUUCGGGGAGGGGGCGGCCAGCGAGGGGGAUGCCCACGCCGGCUUCAACUUCGCCGCCACCCUCGAGUGCCCGGUCAUCUUCUUCUGCCGGAACAACGGCUAUGCCAUCUCCACGCCCACCUCUGAGCAGUACCGCGGGGACGGCAUCGCUGCUCGAGGCCCGGGCUACGGCAUCAUGUCCAUCCGCGUGGACGGCAACGAUGUGUUUGCCGUGUACAACGCCACCAAGGAGGCCCGGCGGCGGGCCGUGGCUGAGAACCAGCCCUUCCUCAUUGAGGCCAUGACCUACAGGAUCGGGCACCACAGCACCAGUGACGACAGCUCGGCCUACCGCUCGGUGGACGAGGUCAAUUACUGGGACAAGCAGGACCACCCCAUCUCCCGGCUGCGGCACUACCUGCAGGGCCGAGGCUGGUGGGACGACGAGCAGGAGAAGGCCUGGAGAAAGCAGUCCCGCAAGAGGGUGAUGGAGGCCUUUGAGCAGGCGGAGCGGAAGCCGAAGCCCAACCCCAACCUGCUCUUCUCUGACGUGUACCAGGAGAUGCCGGCCCAGCUUCGCAAGCAGCAGGAGUCCCUGGCCCGGCACCUCCAGGCCUACGGCGAGCACUACCCCCUGGACCACUUCGAGAAGUGAGGCCCGCUUGCCCCAGCCCACCCCCACCCACCUCAACUCCCCCGAGGGGCAGCCCCAUUCUGGGGGGUGCCCAGGGAGCUGCAGGAUGCCACCCUGCUUCCCCAGCCAGCCCCCUCUGAAAUACUGGGGCCAGGACUCCAGCCAACCAUCUCCACUCCUCCAGGCUGUUACCCUGGGUGGGGGUGGGGGUGGGGGGGGCUCCGUCAGCCCCCUGUCAGCCCCCUCCUCGCCUGUUACAGUGCCUUCUCCCAGGGGCUGGGCCAGGACGCCUCCAGGACUAGAAGCCCCUCUGGGGUGGGCGUGGCGGGUCAGCCUGUGGAAGUCACUCCCUCAAAGUGAGAGGUGGUCAGCAGGUGGCCAAUAAACUCUCUGUGUUUGGCUCUGUG